AUGCCCUCGUUAAAGGUCUUGAUUAUAGGGGGCAGCAUCACGGGCCUAACGCUAGCGAACAUACUAGAACGAUAUGGCAUUGAAUACACGCUAUUCGAGAAGCAUGACAAUGUCGCUCCAGCACUUGGUGCGAGUCUCGGAAUCCUACCACAUGGAGCACGUAUUCUCUCCCAGCUUGGCUGCUAUGACGACCUGGUGCCGAGCCUGGCACCGUUGGAGGAUAUGGUAACAUAUGGUCCAGAUGGCAAGCUGCUCGCACGCAGCGAUAAUCUGGGAUCCCAUAUCCAUGCUAUGAUGAGAUCUAAGAUUUCCUUUCUCGAACGUCAGAAGCUCCUGGCUGCUCUGCACCACGCAGUUUCAGAUAAGUCAAAGCUCAUACUUUCCUGUAAAGUGGUCCAAAUAGACCAUUUGGAGAACAGCGUCCAAGUUAAGACUGAGGAUGGUCGGGUAUUCAAAGGCGACCUACUUGUUGGUGCAGAUGGUGUUCACAGCAAAACCCGAGAGCAAAUGUGGCGUAUGCUACAGGACGAUAAGCAGGAGGAGCUUUACUUAAAGGACUAUAAAGCUAUCAAAAGUACCUUCAGUUGCAUAUUCGGCAUCUCCAAAGCCAUGGGCAAGACCACGAUAGCCGAUAGUUGGAAAAAUGUGCGAAAAGGCCGUCAUUACCUGAUCCAAGGUGCACCAGAUGAUAGAAUAUUUUGGUUCCUAUUUUUCAAGAACGAGAAGCAGGCGGGGGAAAGUCAAUUUCUCAGAUAUACCCCCAAGGAUAUUGAAUAUUAUGCAACAAAAUUUGCAACUGAUCAAAUACGACCGGACAUGACAUUUGGUGAGUUAUACGAAAAUCGAACGACUGCAACAUUGGUACCGCUGGAAGAGUAUACCCUGAACAGAUACUAUCACAGGAGGCUCAUUUUAAUCGGAGAUUCUGCUCAUAAGAUGCAUCCUGUCACUGGGCAAGGUGGCAAUGCUGGUAUCGAGGAUGCCGCGUUUUUGGCAAAUCGAUUGAAAGACCUCAUCGGAAAAGGCAGCAUGCCUACUGAAUGUCAACUUAAAGAGAUCUUCUCCGAGCUCCAAGAAGAGAGACGUCCAAGAACCGAAAUGCUAACCAAGGGUGCACAUGGAUUGUCACGUUUAGAGACUUUUGAUAACAUGUUUCUGAAAUGGUUCAUGUUACAUGUAGUGAAAAGACUACCCUGCGAAAACAUUUUAUCUCCCCUGGCCGUGUCUGUAGCGCCGGGAGAGCCUCUGAAAUACUUACCACUCCCUGCACAACCCGAAGAGCGCUUAGUUCCGUUUGAAGAUGAGGUCAAAAUUACUCCUCGGCGACGAUCCCCUCAAGCGACAGCUAUAUGGAUGGCUAUCUUCCUGGUAGUUGGCUCACUAAGGCUGAUCCCUGUUCGGGAUCUGCUGUAUAGAGGCAUCCAAAUAGGCAAUGGAUUAUCUCGGGAAUCCUUAGCUGCCAUUCAGAGCUAUCUUCGCGCAUCAUAUUUAGCUAUUGUUGGGCUGUGGUGUCUCGAAUCAUAUCGUCCUGCUUUUAGUCUGGGGCCAAUAUCGAAGUAG